AAGUGUCCGGACUGGAAGGGGGGGAAGUGUCCGGACUGGAAGGGGGUGAAAGUGUCCGGACAGGAAGGGGGUGAAAGUGUCCGGACUGGAAGGGGGGGAAAGUGUCUGGACUGGAAGGGGGGGAAAGUGUCCGGACUGGAAGGGGGGGAAAGUGUCCGGACUGGAAGGGGGGGAAAGUGUCCGGACUGGAAGGGGGGGAAAGUGUCCGGACUGGAAGGGGGGGGAAAGUGUCCGGACUGGAAGGGGGGGGAAAGUGUCCGGACUGGAAGGGGGGAAAAGUGUCCGGACUGGAAGGGGGUGAAAGUGUCCGGACUGGAAGUGGGGGAAAGUGUCCGGACUGGAAGGGGGGGAAAGUGUCCGGACUGGAAGGGGGGGAAAGUGUCUGGACUGGAAGGGGGGGGAAAGUGUCCGGACUGGAAGGGGGGGAAAGUGUCCGGACUGGAAGGGGGGGAAAGUGUCCGGACUGGAAGGGGGGGGAAAGUGUCCGGACUGGAAGGGGGGGAAAGUGUCCGGACUGGAAGUGGUUACUGUGGGUGGAGUCAGCAGAGAAAAAUG